AUGGUAGUAGCUAUAGGGUUUGAAGGAAGUGCAAAUAAACUAGGCAUUGGUAUUGUGAGAGAUGGAGAAAUUCUGGCUAACUGUAGACGUACCUAUAUAACACCACCUGGAGAAGGUUUCUUACCUAGAGAAACAGCUGAACAUCAUAGAGAAAAUAUACAUGAGGUUUUAAAAGAGGCUCUUGAACAAUCUGGAUUAAAACCAAAUGAAAUAGAUGUAGUUUGUUAUACAAAAGGCCCUGGGAUGGGUGCACCUUUGAGUGUGUGCGCGAUUGUAGCCAGGACAUGUGCCUUAUUAUGGAACAAACCUAUUUUAGGUGUCAACCACUGUAUUGGCCAUAUAGAAAUGGGUAGACUAAUAACACAAGCUCACAACCCAACAGUGCUUUAUGUUAGCGGAGGUAAUACACAAAUUAUAGCAUACUCCAGGCAGAGAUAUAGGAUAUUCGGAGAGACAAUUGAUAUUGCUGUAGGCAAUUGUUUAGAUAGAUUUGCAAGAGUAUUAAAAUUAUCAAAUGCACCAAGUCCAGGAUACAAUAUUGAGCAGUUGGCAAAGAAAGGCAAAAAAUAUUUACACUUACCAUAUUGUGUUAAAGGAAUGGAUGUAAGUUUUUCGGGAAUCCUAUCAUUUAUGGAGGAUAAAAUAGAAGAAUUGCUGAAAGAGUAUUCUCCAGAAGACUUAUGCUACUCUCUGCAAGAAACUGUAUUUGCUAUGCUGGUAGAAAUCACUGAACGGGCCAUGGCACAUUGUGAAUCACAUGAGGUCCUCAUAGUGGGUGGUGUUGGUUGUAAUGAACGAUUACAAGAAAUGAUGGGUAUUAUGUGUUCAGAAAGAGGAGCCAAAAUAUUUGCUACAGAUGAACGAUUUUGUAUUGACAAUGGUGUUAUGAUUGCUCAUGCUGGGGCGUCAGCUCAUGCAUCUGGAACUAGGAUGGAUUUUGAAGACUCCACUGUCACACAAAGAUAUAGAACUGAUGAUGUUUUAGUAACAUGGCGACAAGAUUAA